AUGAUCACCUGCAAGGAGUUCAAGGAAGUUUUAUAUGAGGUGUGCUUUGCUUCCGUCAAAUUCGCAGCCAAAAUCAACAAUAUCGCCGAAAAUGUUGAAGCUCCGGAGGUGGUCAAUUUCAAGAAAGAAGCAAGACCAUCCAUGGCAAGCCAGCACAUUAGUUACGACGAUGAUGUCUUCUACCUCACCAAUGGCAUUGGGUAUCUCGCAGAUCUCGAGCGCAGAAGCCCUAUCCCACUUGCCUCGAUCAAGCGAGUUAUGAUACCGCACAAAAUCUACAAUGAAAUCAUUAGCGUCGACUCCGAGCCGUACGAUGUCAUACUGCAAGCCUUGACUGGCCUCGGACAAAUCAUCUUGCUCCACUUUCCCAAACACACCUUCCCCAGCCACUAUAUGAACAGCCCAGACAAGGAGCCCGCCCGUGGUUACGAGGCAAGAGAACUCCUCGCCUGA